UCACUUUGUGCGAAUGACAGAACAUACACAGCGAGCGUAUGUCAGACGUUACGGCGAGCUGCGGUCAUAAAGAGGAGAGCGAGAGAGUGUGCACAGACAACAGCGACGCAAGUGGAUGUCAAACCACGGCACACAAAUACUUUGACUACGCUCUACUCUUCAACAUAUCAGAGAAAAAAUUUACCACCUAAUGACAACAAUAGCCACCAAAGUGUCAUUAACAAAUUAGUAACAGAAAUAAGAAUCAGACAUCAACUGAAAAUAAAGUAAAUAAAUCGCUUGAAAAACUAUUGAAACAACGAAUGUCCUCUCCAGAAAAGUUUUAAACUUUUGAAUAGAGCAAACAGAGUGAAACACACCGCAUACAAUAACAGCAACAAAAUGUAAAUUAUCAAAAGAUUUGAAAAACAAAAACUAGAAAAGUGUUCCUUAAUCCUGAUAGCGAAUCCAGAUAUGUGCUUGGCGCAAUAAUGCUACUCCCCAAACAAUAUAGAAAGUCCAGCUAAAACGUAAACUAAGAACGAAUAUUGCACAACAAUCGUCCUAACAAAGAACACCCCACAAACUACUACCAGCAACAACUUACUUUAAGCCUCCAAAGCAACAAGAAAACCUACCAACUACACAACUCAAUUAGUAAACCGUUUUUCUUUCUAUACAAACAUAUGUUAUUUGGUGGGCAAUUUUUAAAAUUGCAACACCAAAAAACACCAACAGCCAAAAAAUUCCGAAAUCUUCAAGUUCUGCAACUGCUCUGCAAAAGCUUAAAGCCAAAGCUACUGGCACAACAGUAAAACGACACAAAAAAUCAAAGAGCCAAACAGCGGGAACAGCAAAUAACCUUGUCGGCGGCGGCGGAGGUUCAUCCGUAUCGGCAUCAUCAUUACCGUCCUUAGGCUUAGCACAGAGUGGCUCCUUUGCUGGAGUCAGUGGCAUCGAACACGCAACAUUGUCUUCGGGUUCUUCGGCACAGGGCCACGGUUAUAACUAUCAACAACGCAGCAGUGGCGCCUACAAAGGUGACCUUGGAUUUGGUGGUGCAGGCGGUGCUGGAAAUUAUUGUGCUGCGGUUAGCAAUUCAGCCGCCGGUGACGAAAUUCCCGCUACGUUUUCUAAAACAACCGUUUCACCGAAUUCGGGUCGGGCAUCAUCAUCAUCAUAUCAGCAAUAUAAUCAAACCAACAACAGCAACCAUCAUCAAUCACAACAACAACAACAUACCAAUAGUGCCAAUUUUACAAAUUCCUCCUCCAUUUCACCUGCGAUGAUGAUGAAACAAAAGUCCUCACGUUUGAAUAUCGGCGAUGAUGUACGUGAGCUGAAGCUAGGAUGUACAUUCAAUUCGAAGAAUACAACGAAUGCAUUUCACACUAUAAAAUAUGAUUUUAAACCUGCUAGUGUGGAUAAAAAUCGUGUUGCUACAGUAGAUGUUGGCUCAAACAAUCAAGUUACUGUUACUGUGCCAAAUUUAGUUAGUUCCGGUGUGCCUCAUACCAUUUAUAAGGGAAAUCAAAAGAAAUACACAAAAGAAUGUAUACUCAUAUACGAUAAAAGAACUGGUGAUAUAACAUUAGAGAAAUUAAAUCACAACAUACAAGUGAAGAAAACGCGCGAAAUGACAAACAAGCCAAGUGUACCUAUUCCUUCGUCAAUGCCAGCAGUUGGUGGCGGUAGUGUAUCAGCAUCAUCAACGGCAUCGGCAAGCACAACAGGACCAGCGCCAAAACUAGAAAACAGUACAAUGAGAAUAACAUCUAAAACAAAAGUUUCUACAGGCAAUAGAAAAAAUACCAUAAUUGAAUUAAAGUCUCGCAAUUCACCCAUGCAAGGUUCACCAUCAGCCGUUGUGAAUAGAAGUCCUCAGUCAGCACCGGCAUGGAAUGCCAACAAUGGCCAGGCUACUUUACCUAGUAUACCCAUGAUUGUUGAUGAUGAUGAUUCAAUGUUUAGCAUUGGUGGUGGUGGUAGUGGCGGUGGUGCUGCAGCUGGUGGUGGUGGAGGGGGCGGCGGCGUUGGUUCGGGUAGCUAUAAUAAUCUUGCUAAUGUCUCUGCCUCAUCAUCCUCCUCGACAUCCAGUCAUCAUAAUAAUUCUGGCCAAGAAUUUGAUUUUCAACAAUUGCUCCAGGAUGAUAUAUCACCGCCUACCAAACAAUCAAAACAAUCAUCACAUCACAGUAAUCAAAAACGACACAACAAUCACCAACGGCAACAGCAGCAGCAACAACAACAACAGUCUUCACAAACGCAACAACUUCACCAAUGGCAACAGAAUCUGCAACAUACACAACAACAGCAGCAGCAGCAACAGCAACAAAAUCAACAAACACAAAAUCCAUAUAAUCGUUAUAAUGGCAAUGGCAAUUCCUCUUCUUCCUCAUCGUUAUUUAGUAAUAAUCAUAGCAAUAAUCUACAGAAUAGCAAUCAUAAUAAUAGUAAUAACUAUCAUAAUAACUAUGAUCUUGCCUCAUCGCCAACAUUGGCCAGUGAAGCAGCAGCUUUGGAACAGAACAUUGCAUCCGAUUUAAGUUCAUCCAGCUCAAGUUCAGAUUCUGAAUCAAGUGGCAGUGAGAGUGGUUCCGAUUCCGAUGACAGCACCGAAGAUGACAGACCCACAAAGGCUGCAGCGGCACAAAUGAUGAAUCAAUUGCCUAACUUGGGUAUGGCACCGUUGACGACGACAUCAUCUUCGCCGCAAAUGCAUUACAAUCCACAGACAAAUAACAGUCACCAUCACAAUAGCAAUCAUCUCAAUAGCCACAACAGCCAGCAGCAGCAUCAUCAAAAUUCCGAAACAAACAACUCAAAUCCCCUGGCCAACUUUGGUUUCAAUGGUUUUCCCAAUGAUCUAUUGCAAAACGAUUUACAAUUAUCAUCAAAUUCAUCGGAUGACGAUUCCGAUUGAAUGGAACCCAUUACAAGAAGAAGAAGAAGAAUGUAAUUCUCUGGGGGAAUUUAAACCAAAACCACUCUCUCAUUAUACUAUUGUUACACCUUUCAUCAUACUCACCAACACCUCAGAAUAACAUAGACACACACACACAUACGCUCACACUCAAAACUAAAACUAAAUACUUUUAGUAUAUUUUUGUAAAAUAAUAAAAGAAAGAAAAAACGAAGAAGAAGACAAAGAAAAAUAUAUAAAACAUAGAUAAUAAUUAUAAAUGAAAAAAAAAAAAACAAAACUGGAAAAUGUUUAUAAAGCAGAAAGAAAAAUUGUGAAAAGAUUUAAGAAAUAAUGGAUUAUGGGCGGGAAAAAAUAAUUACAAUUUUGUAUGAAAAAUUUAUAGUUAAUAUUUUAAACAAAACAACAAAAAAAUAAGAAUAUUGAUUAAAGUUGUGUUUUUUAAUAAUAAAAACUUUAUUUUUUAUUGCAGAAAAUUACUUGGUUUGUUUUUUAUUUUCUUCUUUUGUUUACCUUUCUUUAUCUCCAAAAGAUUCUGCAACCUUCUAAUGUUUUUAGUUUUUUUUUUAUACAAUACAUCCACAUAUAAAUAUUAUAAAUAUAAAACAAAAACAAUUAUAUAUUAAAAAUAUAAAAAAGUGAAGUUUAAUAUUAAAGUUAAAUAAUGGUGUAUUUUUCGUUUGUUUGUUUUUAUUAUUAUUAUGAAAUUUAUUAAUGAUAUUCAAUUAAUUAUAGUAAAAUGUGUUUUUAUGUUCUUUAGUUUAAAGCGAAGAUGAAAUGAAGGAAGACGUUGCAAAACGAUGAUGAUAAUUACAAUGUAUAGCAGAAAAAAAAGUAAAAAAUAAAGAAAAAGAUUGAUUUUUUCAUCUUGUGUAGUUACAAUUCUUAAAUAUUAAUUCUCUGUUUUUAAAUAAUUUUCUUGUUGAAAAGAACCAAUAAUGUUGUGCUAAAGAAUUCCUUUUCUCUGUUUUCUUUUCUUACUUUCAAAACACACACAUACACAAAUUGCCAAUAUUUUUUGAUUCUUCUUAUUCUUAUAUAAUUAUUAUUAUUAGUUUUUUUUUUUAAUUUAUUUUUUAUUGAAUUUAGUAAAUUUAAGAGUUAUGAUUAUAACAAAAAAAAAACAAAAACAAUUAAAAUUAUAAAAAGCAAAGCAAAAAAGAAACCAUGGACGAAGAAGUAACAAAUAUAUGAGACCAGAAGAAAUAGUGCAUACAAAAUCAACAAAAAAAAAAACUUUACAUAUUCUAAUAAACAUAAAAGAAAACAUAUAUAACAACAAA